AGUGAUGCAGGCGGCAGUGGAUUGGCUGAGGCGGGACGGCAACGGUUCAGCGGGGAUGGGUGUGUGAUGGUCGGAGAAGAGAAGAGAGAGAGAGACGGUGAAAUCACGGUGAGAGUCCAGGUGCUCCGACACACACACAGUUCUCAGGAUGAUUCGUGCGUUGGUGGUGUUGCUGUGCUUCGUCCUGUGCGUGGUCUAUGCCAGCAGUAAACCCACAGAGAAGAAGAGUCGAGUCCACGAAGAAGAACCUCUCAGCCGCCUCCAACACGACGACAACAAGAACUACGACUACGACCACGAAGCUUUCCUGGGCCAAGACGAGGCCAAAACCUUCGAGCAUCUCCCGCCAGAGGAGAGCAAACGGAGGCUCGGCAUCAUCGUGAAUAAAAUGGACAGGAACAAAGAUGGUUUUAUCUCUGAAGAGGAGCUGAAGGAUUGGAUCAAAUCGGCUCAGAAGAAACACAUUUACGACAGCGUGGAGCAUCAGUGGAAAGACUUUGACGUUAACGGGGACGGUCUGAUCAGCUGGGAGGAGUACAAGAACGUCACGUACGGGAGUUACCUGGAAGACCCUCAGACGGACACAGAAUAUAACUACGAUCAGAUGAUGUCGAGGGACGAGAGACGCUUCCGAGUCGCAGACACAAACGGAGAUCUGAUGGCAGACAAGCACGAGUUCUCAGCUUUCCUUCAUCCUGAAGAUCACCAGCACAUGAAGGACAUCGUGGUGCAGGAAACGAUGGAAGACAUCGACAAGAACGGAGACGGUUUCAUCGACCUGAAGGAGUACAUCGGCGACAUGUACACGUCAGACGGAGAGGAAGAAGAGCCAGAGUGGGUCGCCACCGAGCGACAGCAGUUCUCUGAGUUCAGAGACAAAAACAACGACGGAAAGAUGGACAAAGAAGAAACUCUGGACUGGAUUCUUCCCUCUGAUUAUGACCACGCUGAAGCCGAGGCCAAACACCUGAUGCACGAGGCCGACGCCAACCACGAUGGAAAACUCACCAAAACUGAAAUCCUGAACAAAUACGAGACGUUUGUUGGGAGUCAGGUGACGGACUUCGGGGAGGCAUUACUACGACACGACGAGUUCUGAACAUCAGAUUUUACUGUUUUUAGAGAAAAUUUAUUUUGUAAUCCUACAGAAAGUAUUUUAAUAACUUUGAGUUGUGGGUUCCAAACGUUGAGACUUGUGUAACAUCCAAAAACGUCUUCCAGCUCAGUUUGAUCUUUUUAUAAUAUUCACUUUUUAGGACUUCAUGUUCCGUCCAUGUUUGGUUUCCUUCUCUUGUUAAAGUUUUCUCUUGUUAAAACAGUUUUUAUUUUUACAUGUUCUGCUUUCAUUCCUGGUUCUGAGGCCACCCACCUUCCACGUUUAGACAAGAGACAGUUCAGAACUUUAACUAGAGAAUCAAGUAGAGGAAUCUGAAAAACAAUCAUCUUUUAUCAUUUAUUAUAUAUGUUAGAUCAUUAUCACUGUUUCAGUUUGUCUUGAAUUUGCACAGCGACAGGUAGUCAGUCCUUCAUAUUCUGGACUUUUACAGCCUGUUCAUCAUUAAACAUUUCAAAUUGAAAA